AUGAUCUCCUUCCUCUCCUUCUACGUGCCAAAGGACAGCCCGUCUUCAGCUGCUAGCCCUGAAGCAAAGAAACGGUCCUCUAAAAAGUCCCCCAAAAGGCAGGAUGGAGAAAAAAUGGUACAAGGGCAUCCGGUUCAGGGACGUCAUCCAGAAGGAGCUGCUUUGGGGCAGGCCCUGGGACCGAAGCCCUCUUCCCUUCCCCUUCCCAGAGAGACCAGCAGCACCCCCAACGCCGGCACCUGUCCAAACGCUGAAUUGUUCGCCAUUAAAAGCUGCUCGAAGUCUUCUUUCCUCUGGCUCAAAGGGAUGCGGGAGAUGUCCAGCUCUGCUCUACUCUCAGGAAAGCUGAAAGGACUAGAAGCUGCUCUCGUAGUCUGUCAAAAGGCCCAUUUGAACCCUUACGGGGCCAUCCAAGCCACUGGACACAAGUACGCCAACGCCGACCGAGAAGAGGCAACAGUUUCCUCCUCCAAGACCCUCCAAAAGGGUGCCCCCUUCUCUGCCCAGGUGGAGAUCCUGAGCCAUCUAUGGGGUAUGGGCUCCCCCCUCCCCCCUGGCUGCAUCCCAGCUCCAGUCACCCUCCAGGACCCAUGGAGGAGCCUCUAGAGACGUCACCGUGAUCACAAUUUCCAGAAGGAGUGAGCCCCCCGCACGACCCUAACUGGGCAGCAGACAUCCAGUAGAAGAGUAGCCCGUGGGCUGCAGGGUUGGAGAGACGGAGGCUGCGCUUAGGAUAUUAAACCAAUUUGGGGGCAGCUGGGUAGCUCAGUGCACGGAGAGCCAGCCCUAGAGACGGAGGGUCCUGGGUUCAGAUCUGGCCUCAGACACUUCCCAGCUGCGUGACCCUGGGUAAGUCACUUGACCCCCCUUGUCCAGCCCUUACUGCUCUUCUGCCCUGGGGCCGAUACCGUGUUGAUUGUAAGACACAAAGUAAGGAUUAAAGAUAAAUACACAAAAACCA